GCGAGCCAGCGAGCCGCCGCGCGAGUGCCGAGCCUUAAAGUGACAUGGGCUGAGCGGGCUCCCUUAUGGCCGACAUGGCGGCAGCUGGGAGCGGCUAUCCGCUCACGGAUGAUCUGCGUAACACUCAGAGCUCUACAUCAGCCACAGAUGGACUCUCCUCAGCUUCAUUUAUAGAAUAUCCAAAGCACAAGCCAUUUAUUAAUUCAGAUCUACAGCGUUCCUCACAGAAACCAGUAGUUCCAUAUCCUGAAAGCCACAGCAGAGCAAUAUUUUCUGCUCUGAAGAAUCUCCAGGAGAAAAUUCAUCAACUGGAGUUGGAACGGUUUGAGGCAGAGGAGAAUGUGAAACACCUCAGCAGGGAAACAGCAAACUUUAAAAAAAUGCUGAGUGAACAAAUGCAGCACAAAGAACGGGACAAGACUGAAGUGUCAAAGAAAAAUCAAGAACUGACUUCUCAGCUGGCAGCUGCUGAGUCUCGAUGCAGACUUCUAGAGAAACAGCUGGACUACAUGAGACAUAUGAUCCAGCAUGCGGAAAAUGAGAAGUCGCAUCUCUUGGAGAAACAGGGCUCCUUGGUGAGAGAUCGGCUUCUUGACCAAUCGCAUGUUCAGUCGAAAUUGGAAAAGCUGGAUAUGCUGGAAAAAGAGUACAACAGACUAACUGCAAUGCAGUCCACAGCAGAGAAAAAAAUGAAAGAGCUGGAACAGAAGCUUUAUGAGGAAGAACAUGCAAGGAAGCUUGUUCAGGAAAAAGCAGCUGAGCUUCAGACAGGCCUGGAAACCAACAGACUACUGAUUCAAGCAGCAUCACCACUGCUUUCUCCAAAAGUAAGGCAACCCAGGAAAAAAGCUAAGCAGCCAGAGAAGAAAUGCUUUGUCAGACAUUCCACUGUGCAGCCCCACUACAGGUUGUGUCUGGAUGAUGUACCCUUUGUGGCUGGGAAGUCUACCAGUCCCAGUCAUUCGGUUUGUGCCAACGUGCAGCAUGUGCUGCACCUGAUGAAACAUCACAGCAAAGCUUUGUGUAACAGGCAUGUGCUGAACGAUCCUCCAGCCAAACCCACCAGCUCUGGUCAUCCUGCCUGCAAAAGCAGAAGGCCAUCCCUGACAAUGGACUCGUCCUCGUCUCAGGAAGAGCUCUCAGAAGUGUUGAUGACUUUACAAGAUGAAUUUGGACAGAUGAGUUUUGAUCACCAGCAGCUGUCAAAGCUCAUCCUGGAGGCCCCAAGUGCUGCAGUGAGGGAAGAGCUGGAGAAGGAGCUGGAUGCACUAGUGGAAAGGAUGGAAGCAAAGGCAGACCAAAUCAGCAAAGUUCGGAAGCAUCGUUUGCAGCUAGAGAGACUUAAGAGAGAAUGCAAGCCCAGAAAGACUUCUGCUAAACAAAUAAAAGACAGCAAGUUCCCAGUCAGUGAGGUUAAAGUAACAACUACAGUAACCACGAAAGGAAAGAAUGCAGGUCCCAUCAAAGUGAAGCCUGGAGAAAAGAGUCGGAAAAAUCUUCAGUUGCUGAGAGACAUGCAGACCAUACAGACUUCUCUACAGAAAGAUGAUGUCAGCUGGGACUACUGACUCUUCUGCAGGAGAUGUUCCUGAAGCAUCCUGGCCAAACUUACAUUCUGCCUUUCCUGCUGUGUGGAAGAGACUACUGUAUGCUAAGCACACUUUUGAAAUAUAGGCUUACAGGCUCUUGGCUCUCCA